AUGGUGAGGCUUGUGUUCGCCACAGCGCCCGUGGACCGGGCGCUCAGUGCCCGUUGGGCCGCCUGUGCCGGUGACGUCAUACUGCGGUACGGACCGACCGUCAGCCAUCAGGUGAACGCGUUCGCGCUCCAGCGGGAGCCAGGGGCCCGGUUCCAGCGCGACCUUUUCGACCGCCUGUUGCCCCGGCUGAUGCAGCGCCGGAGCUCCUUCACCGUGAACCUGGCACCGUACGAGACGACCACCGACUUCAACUACCGGAACCUGGUGCUGAUAGUGCUCGACUCGUUGGCCCAGUUCACGGACGAGUACGUACCGAGGUUGGUGACGAAGAACGUCGAGUUCCGGGGGUACUUUCUGCUGCUGCUGCCCGCUCCGGCCCACACGGAGCCGGACAUUCGGCGGACGAUGCAGGAGCUGUGGAAUCUGCGUAUCCACAACGUCCUCAUCGGGCUGAGUGCCGGGAGCCGCAUCGAUCUGUACACCUACCGGCCGUACGGGGCCGAUGGGUGCUGCGAGUGUAUCCGGCCCCGGGUAGUCGACCGGUGCGUCAAUGGCCGACUGCAGCAGCAGUGGCAGCAGCAACAGCAAGGUCCGCGUAAGGGUUCCACCCAGCCGCUGUACGUCCGGUUUGGGCGCAACUUCUACGGCUGCCCGCUCCGGAUCUCGAGCUUCGUGCGCGUCCCGUUCAUGCAGUUCACCGACCACUCGCCGUCGGUGGUCGGCGGUCGGCCACAGCUGUCCGGGAUCGAGGGUAACCUGCUGGAGCUGCUGGCCGUCAAGCUCAACUUCACGCCCAUCAUCGUCCAGCCACCGGACGGUCAGGUCUGGGGCCGGAUCUACGCCAACGGGACGGCGGACGGGGCGAUGAAGUUGCUGCUGGACGGGACGGCGCAUCUGACGCUCGGUGGGUAUCUCCCGUACCCGGAGCUCCUGUCCAGGACGACGCAAUCGCGGAGCUACUACUUCAGUGACAUCGUACUGGCCGUGCGGGAAGGGCUCGCACCGCAGACAGGGUUCGGGCGGUUACUGCAACCAUUUCGCUGGCCCAUUUGGCUGCUGGUCGGCACGGAGCUGCUGCUGGCGGCAGUGUGGUGCGGCUGGGGGCUGCUCCAGCGCCGCCACGCUGGUGUCCGGCUGGCGCUGGACGUUUGGCGAGCCCUGAUUGGAGACUCGCUCCCGGUGCUGCCGCGCCGCUCGCUAACGCGCUUCCUGCUCGUGCUCUGGAUCCUCCACUCGACGCUGCUGCGGGAGUGCUACAAGGGCUCGCUAGUGGGUUACCUGACUGCGGCGACCCCCCUGGACGACAUCAGCAGCAUCCGGGUGAUGCUGGCGGGCGGAUACCGGUUCGCGAUGACCGAGUGGCUGUACCACCGGAUUUUCGAGGGCCCGUCCUCGAGCUCGACGCCCGAGCUGCCCGGUGACACCCUCGUCCUGUUCGAGGCGUCCGAGGGCGAGCGGCUGCUCGAACGUAUCCUGGCCAGCGGCGAGCGGAUCGCCGUGGCGUACACGCGCGAAGAGAUCAUCAAGUUCAACGAGCGGGACCGGUCGGUGGUCAACUUCCGGACGGCGGACGAGAAGCUGCUGACCUUUCACUUCAGUGCGUACUUCAAGCGCUCCAGCCCGCUGGUGGAUGGGUUCAACUGGUACAUUCGCCGCAUCCUGGCCACCGGUUUCAUGUCCCGCUGGACGGCGGAAAACCUCGAUACGCGCUUCCUGGUGCCGACCCUCGCUGCCGCCAGUGGCCAGGCGGAGGUGUUGCAGCUCACGCACCUGAGCAGCAGCUACCUGUUACUGACCGUUGGUCUGGCGCUGGCGUGUUUCACCUUUGCCGUGGAGCUGCUGGUGCUGCGCAUCGGCGCAGGGCUACCAAUGCUUAGAAGCCGGCCCGAAGCCCGGCAAACGCGUAGUGAAACUCGAGUAGCAACGUAA